UCAACACUAUUUGACAUCUUUAUAAGUUGUGGUAUAGGUAAUACUAUGAAAAGAAAAAUUAUAAAUUUUCUAUCAAGUUUCUGUCCCUGACAAAAUACCUGGACAUCAUGACUGAUAACCUCAUCAUCUUUCUCACUUAUUAAAACUAGAUAUGGUUUCCUUACUAUUCUUUCUUUUCCUCUCUACGUUCACACGCUCUAUUUCCACCACCACUGCGGCCGCCACCACCACUCUAGACGUUGCCUCCUCCACAAAGAAAACCCUUGAUGUCCUAAACCCCGCAUUACUCCAACGCCAACAAGUAAAAACCCAAAAUGAAACCACAUCUUCUUUGUCUUUCAUUAUACGCCCUCGAUCCUCCAUCCACCGUGACCAACACCACCAUGAUUAUGAAUCAUUAACUCUCGCCAGACUCGCUCGUGACUCGCACCGAGUUACCUCACUCUUAGCAAAGCUCAAUUUCGCAAUCUCUGGAACCAACAAGUCAAAUUCGGUGUAUAAAGUGGAAGAUUUAACUACUCCAGUUACAUCAGGGUUUUCUCAAGGAAUCGGGGAGUACUUUGCUAGGGUUGGAUUGGGUACGCCGGUGCAAACGUAUCACUUGGUGAUUGACACCGGAAGUGACAUAACGUGGCUUCAAUGCGAGCAGUGCUUCAAUUGCUACCAACAAACAGAGCCCAUUUAUGAUCCUUCGGGUUCAAGUUCAUACAAUGUGUUACCCUGCACCUCUCAACAAUGCGAGUCACUGCACCCUCGGAAUUGCUUGAGCAACCAGUGCUUGUAUCAGGUGUUGUAUGGAGAUGGAUCGUCUACCACCGGUAAUUUUGUUACAGAGACGAUAUCGUUUGGGAAUUCAGGAUCUGUUCCGUCAGUAGCCAUAGGUUGUGGUCACGAUAACAAAGGUUUAGCGGCUGCUGCAGGGCUUCUCGGACUCGGCGGUGGUCAGUUAUCUUUUCCAUCUCAGAUCAAAGCGACGUCGUUUUCGUACUGUCUUGUUGAUUUCGAUUCUAGCAGGGCAUCCACUCUGGAAUUUAACUCCGCACCCGCGGGGAAUUAUGUCACCGUACCGCUGAUACGGAACCCUAGGAUAACGACUUUUUAUUAUGUUGGGUUGACCGGGAUAUUAGUGGGUGACCAAUCGCUGCCCAUCCCUCCUUCCAUUUUCGCCAUUGACGAAUCUGGAGGAGGUGGAGCAAUUGUCGACUCCGGCACCACCUUUACUCAUUUACCAAGUCAGGCUUACAACGCGUUACGCGACGCUUUCACACAGCAAGCAAUAAACUUGAAACCCACCGUCAGCAGUUCAGAGUUAGAUACGUGUUUCGUUUUUUCGUCGCUGACCAAUACGGAAGUCCCAGUGGUGGCAUUUACUUUCGCCGGUGGUAAAACAUUGUCGUUAAAAGCGGGGAAUUUUUUGAUUCCGGUGGAUUCACAUGGGAAAUUCUGUCUGGCGUUUCAACCGACGAUGGAUUCAGUUACAAUCAUCGGUAAUAUCCAGCAGCAAGGGACACGUGUCACUUACGAGAUGAGUAAAUUGGUCGUCAGUUUUUUGCCUGAUAGUUGUUAAACUAAAAGGAAACAUUUGAUCAUAAUACAUGUAUUAUCCUUUAUACAAAGAAACGAAAUGAAAUAAUGUUUUUGUUUAAUUUGACUAAAACGACGACUUUGGAGUUAAUUAGUGGUGUAAGGAGAUCCAAAUCAUUUGACUAGUACUUGUUCUUCUUUUCUUAAUUUGACUAGUAAGGAAUAUUUAUAUAAUUCGAAAAAAAUGGAUAUAUCUUGGAAUAUAAGAUUGAAAUUU